AUGUUCUCCCGGCGCAUUGUCGCGGCCCGCCCGCUGGCCCACGCCGGCGCGCCCGCACUCGCACGCCGACCGCAGUUCAUCCAACAAGUCCGCACCGCCCUCACCGAAGCCGAGCACGCGGAACUCGCCGAUCCGAACAUGAACGGCGGCUACAUCAACCCCCCGGCCGAGCUACGAAACAAACGCGACCCGUACGCCGACUGGUGGGACAAGCAAGACCGUCGUAAUUACGGCGAACCCGUCCACGAGGACAACGACAUUCAGGGCGCACUCUCGCUGCACGACUAUGAUCACUUCACGCCGGGCUGGGGAGGUGUGCUAUUCGGCACCUUUGUAGUGGCAGUGUUCGGGCUCUGUGGGGCUGUGAGCUUGGUUUACCCAGACAGGGUCAGUGUGCCGAAGCAGUAUGAGGACGGACUAGAGGCAGAGCUUGGUGGCCCGAGGGCUGUGAGGGCGAGGAAGUACGGCGAGGAGCUGAAGUAA